UUCAUGCUGAGCGGCUGUUGUACAUUGGAGCGCCGGCAACUCGGGGGACUAGUCGCACCAUGGAAGCGCUCACUGACUCCCGCUACCUUUGCUGGCUGUCUAUCUGGACCGAGUAAAUGAGGCAGUCAACAGGAGUCAACUUGGAAAUAUAACCUCCCUUCCCCCAUUUUAAUUUAUUUUUGGGUGUUUUUUUUAAUUAUUGUUCUAAUUAUUAUUAGGGAAGAUGCUGCUCCAUGCCGGGAAGCCUCUUCUGUUCCAUUUAUGGACUUUUUUAGUUUUGCUUGGUUCCUGGAUUACAACAGGGGAUGGGACUCCCAAAGGCUUCAGGACUUUUACAGGAAGCGACUGGAGCCUGACUCACCUAGUAGUACAUAAUAAAACCGGGGAGGUGUAUUUGGGAGCCAUCAACAGGAUUUACAAACUCUCCAAUAAUUUGACUCUCUUGCGCACCCACGUAACAGGUCCAGUAGAGGACAACGAAAAGUGUUACCCUCCGCCUAGUGUCCAGUCCUGCCCCCAUGGACUUUUCACCACGAAUAAUGUAAACAAGUUGCUACUCGUUGAUUACGCGGAUAACAGAUUAAUAGCAUGUGGGAGCGCCUCACAGGGGAUCUGCCAGUUCCUACGUCUUGAUGAUCUUUUCAAGUUGGGUGAGCCGCACCACCGCAAGGAACAUUACCUUUCCAGUGUGAAUGAGUCUGGGACCAUGUCUGGUGUUAUCAUUGAGGUUCCAAAUGGCCAAAAUAAACUCUUUGUUGGGACUCCUAUUGAUGGAAAGUCAGAAUAUUUCCCCACCCUCUCCAGCCGCAAACUACUGGCCAAUGAAGAAAACGCUGAAAUGUUUAGCUUUGUCUAUCAGGAUGAAUUUGUGUCUUCACAGCUUAAGAUUCCCUCAGAUACCUUGUCCAAAUUCCCUACGUUUGAUAUCUACUAUGUGUACAGUUUCAGCAGCGAGCAGUUUGUGUACUACUUAACUCUCCAGUUGGACACCCAGCUAACAUCACCUGACUCAACAGGGGAGCAGUUCUUUACAUCCAAGAUUGUCCGGCUUUGUGUAGAUGAUCCCAAGUUCUACUCUUACGUAGAGUUUCCUAUUGGUUGCAUGAAGGACGGGGUGGAAUAUAGGUUAAUACAAGAUGCUUAUCUGAGCAAGCCAGGGAAACGCUUGGCUAAGGAGCUGGGCAUCUCUGAAAGAGAAGAUAUUCUUUUCACCGUCUUCUCACAGGGACAGAAGAACCGGAUCAAGCCCCCCAAAGAAUCUGUCCUGUGCCUCUUCACCUUGAAGAAGAUCAAGGAUAAAAUCAAAGAGCGCAUUCAGUCUUGCUACAGAGGCGAUGGGAAACUCUCUCUGCCUUGGCUCUUAAACAAGGAGCUCGGAUGCAUCAAUUCACCUCUUCAGAUCGACGACAAUUUCUGCGGACAGGAUUUUAACCAGCCGCUUGGGGGGACAGUCACCAUAGAAGGGACACCGCUGUUCCUGGACAAAGAAGACGGAAUGACGUCCGUAGCUGCCUAUGAUUAUCGGGGGCACACCGUUGUAUUCGCUGGAACCCGCAGUGGGCGAAUGAAGAAGAUCCUGGUAGACCUGUCUGCCUCCUCCUCUUACAUGGCGCAACAGUACGAGAACGUGGUGGUCCACGAGGGGAAUGCUAUCCUGAGGGACUUGGUAUUGAGCCCUGAUCGGCAGUAUAUCUACGCAAUGACAGAAAAACAGGUUACUCGUGUGCCGGUGGAGAGUUGUGAACAAUAUGAAAGCUGUGACGCUUGCCUUGGCUCUAGGGACCCUCACUGCGGAUGGUGUGUGCUUCAUAACACGUGUUCGAGAAAAGAUAAAUGUGAGCGGGCAGAUGAGUUCCACAGGUUCAGUUCUGACCAGCAUCAGUGUGUCCAGCUCACGGUGCACCCCAAAAAUAUCUCGGUCACCGUGUCCGAGGUUCCGAUGGUUUUACAAGCCUGGAAUGUCCCUGACCUGUCUGCUGGGGUGAACUGCUCUUUUGAGGAUUUUACGGAGAUGGAAGGACGCAUCCUGGAUGGAAAUAUCUACUGCACAUCUCCCUCUGCCAAAGAAGUCAUUCCUAUCACAAGAGGCCAUGGUGACAAAAGGGUUGUAAAACUCUACCUUAAAUCCAAAGAAACUGGGAAGAAGUUUGCAAGUGUGGAUUUUGUCUUCUACAACUGCAGUGUCCAUCAGUCAUGCCUCUCCUGUGUAAAUGGAUCCUUUCCCUGCCACUGGUGCAAAUAUAGACACGUGUGCACCCACAAUGCUGCCGAUUGCUCCUUUCAAGAGGGCCGAGUGAACAUGUCGGAGGACUGCCCACAGAUUCUACCUUCCUCCCAGAUCUACAUCCCUGUUGGGGUAGUGAAGCCCAUCACACUGACUGCCAAGAACCUCCCGCAACCCCAGUCUGGUCAACGUAACUACGAGUGUAUUUUCCAUAUCCCUGGGAGUGUGACUCGGGUCACUGCCUUGCGCUUCAACAGUACCAGCAUCCAGUGCCAGAACACUUCGUAUAACUACGAAGGAAAUGAUGUCAGUGACCUACCUGUCAAUUUAUCCGUGGUCUGGAAUGGGCACUUUGUCAUAGACAACCCCCAAAACAUUCAAGCUCAUCUGUACAAGUGCUCGGCCCUGAGGGAGAGCUGCGGACUUUGCCUUAAAGCCGACCGGAGCUUUGAGUGCGGAUGGUGCGUCAGUGAGAAGAAGUGCACUCUGCGCCAGAAUUGUCCCAUCCUUGAAAACCCUUGGAUGCAUGCCAGUACCACCAAUAGUCGCUGCACCGACCCAAAGAUCACCAAGCUGUUUCCGGAGACAGGCCCCAGGCAGGGUGGAACCCGACUCACCAUCACAGGGGAAAAUCUGGGCUUGAGGUUUGAGGACAUUCACAUUGGAGUAAAGGUUGGGCAGGUCGUGUGUGUCCCCAUUGAGAGCGAGUAUAUCAGUGCCGAGCAGAUUGUCUGUGAAAUUAACGAUGCUGGAAGGACCCGUGUCCACGAGGCACAAGUGGAGGUCUGUGUAAAAGACUGCUCUCAAGAUUACAGGGCCAUUUCACCAAAGUCAUUCACCUUUGUGGUACCCUCCUUUAACCGGGUCACACCUUCUCGGGGUCCUUUGUCUGGUGGCACCUGGAUAUCCAUUGAAGGAAACUAUCUGAAUGCUGGCAGCGAUGUUUCUGUGUAUAUUGGUGGACGUUCCUGCAUGUUUUCAUGGCGAACUGCGAAAGAGAUCCGCUGUAAGACUCCGCAGGGACCGAGCACGGGUAAAGCUGAAAUACAAAUCCACAUUAACCGCGCCACACUGUACAACUCUGAAGUGCAUUACAAUUACACCGAAGAUCCAACCGUGCAAAAGAUAGAACCAGAGUGGAGCAUCGCCAGUGGGGGGACCCCUCUUAUAGUAACUGGGAUGAAUCUGGCGACUAUUAAAGAACCCCAAAUAAGAGCUAAAUAUGGAGAUGUGGAGAAAGAAAAUAACUGCACUGUUUACAAUGACACCACCAUGGUGUGCUUGGCACCCUCCGUUGACAAUCCCUUGAGGAACCCGCCGGAGAAUGGGGACCGUCCCGAUGAGAUAGGUUUCAUAAUGGACAAUGUUCAUGCCCUCCUUAUUGUGAACACUACCAACUUUCUUUACUAUCCAGAUCCUGUGUUUGAGCCUCUGACAGCAUCUGGAAACCUUGAACUGAAGCCCAGCUCUCCUCUUAUAAUCAAGGGUCGGAAUCUCAUUCCAGCAGCCCCAGGGAACUUCAGGCUUAAUUAUACAGUGUUGAUUGGUGACACGCCGUGUGCCCUUACUGUCUCCGAGACCCAGCUCCUGUGCGAGUCUCCGAACCUUACUGGACAGCACAAAGUCACUAUUAAAGCCGGAGGGUUUGAGUACUCACCGGGCACACUGCAGAUUUACUCGGACAGCCUGCUGACCUUGCCUGCCAUUAUAGGCAUUGGAGGAGGUGGUGGUUUGCUGUUGCUCAUUAUAAUCAUCGUGCUCAUUGCCUACAAGAGGAAAUCACGGGAUGCCGACCGCACCCUGAAACGGCUGCAGCUGCAAAUGGACAAUCUGGAAUCCCGCGUGGCACUGGAGUGCAAAGAAGCCUUUGCAGAGCUGCAGACUGACAUCCACGAGCUGACCAAUGACCUCGAUGGGGCUGGAAUUCCUUUCCUGGAUUACCGUAUUUACGCCAUGCGAGUUCUUUUCCCCGGAAUAGAAGAUCAUCCUGUCCUGAAAGAAAUGGAGGUACAAGCCAACGUGGAGAAGUCCCUGACGCUUUUUGGGCAGCUCCUGACAAAGAAGCACUUCCUUCUGACCUUCAUUCGCACUCUGGAGGCCCAGAGGAGCUUCUCCAUGAGAGACAGGGGUAACGUGGCUUCGCUGAUCAUGACGGCGUUGCAGGGGGAAAUGGAAUACGCCACCGGCGUUCUCAAGCAGCUUCUCUCCGACCUUAUUGAGAAGAAUCUUGAAAGUAAAAACCACCCCAAGCUGCUGCUGAGGAGGACAGAGUCUGUGGCUGAGAAGAUGCUGACAAACUGGUUCACGUUCCUCCUCUACAAGUUCUUAAAGGAAUGUGCUGGUGAGCCACUCUUCAUGUUGUACUGUGCCAUCAAGCAACAGAUGGAGAAAGGACCUAUAGAUGCCAUCACAGGAGAAGCCCGCUACUCGUUGAGCGAGGACAAGCUGAUCCGUCAGCAGAUCGACUACAAGACACUGACCAUGAACUGUGUAAAUCCUGAGAAUGAAAAUGCCCCAGAAAUCCCCGUCAAGGUGCUGAACUGCGACACCAUAACCCAAGUGAAGGAGAAACUGCUUGAUGCUGUGUAUAAAGGUGUUCCUUACUCCCAGCGACCCAAAACAGGAGACAUGGACCUGGAGUGGCGCCAGGGUAGGAUUGCACGCAUUAUUCUGCAAGAUGAGGAUGUGACGACCAAAAUAGAUAAUGACUGGAAACGACUCAACACAUUGGCACAUUAUCAGGUGACGGAUGGGUCUUCGGUUGCACUGGUGCCCAAACAGAAUUCUGCCUACAACAUCUCAAACUCAUCAACGUUUACAAAGUCUCUGAGCAGAUAUGAGAGUAUGUUACGGACAGCAUCAAGCCCAGACAGCCUGAGGUCCCGCACCCCAAUGAUCACCCCUGACCUGGAGAGUGGAACCAAACUCUGGCACCUGGUGAAAAACCACGACCACCUAGAUCAGCGGGAGGGCGACAGAGGUAGCAAGAUGGUGUCAGAGAUUUACCUCACUCGCCUGUUGGCCACAAAGGGAACUCUCCAGAAGUUUGUGGAUGAUCUCUUUGAGACAAUCUUCAGCACGGCACAUCGCGGAAGCGCGCUCCCUCUCGCCAUUAAAUACAUGUUUGAUUUUCUGGACGAGCAGGCGGACAAGCAUCAGAUUACCGACUAUGAUGUGCGCCAUACAUGGAAAAGUAACUGUUUGCCACUGAGAUUCUGGGUGAACGUCAUUAAAAAUCCACAGUUUGUGUUUGACAUUCAUAAGAACAGCAUCACGGACGCCUGCCUUUCUGUGGUAGCCCAGACGUUCAUGGAUUCUUGUUCCACGUCAGAACAUAAGCUGGGCAAGGACUCCCCAAGUAACAAGCUGCUGUAUGCCAAGGACAUACCCAAUUACAAGAGUUGGGUGGAGAGGUAUUAUGCAGAUAUUGCCAAAAUGCCGGUUAUCUCAGACCAGGAUAUGAGUGCAUACCUAGCCGAACAAUCACGGUUACACCUGAGCCAGUUCAACAGCAUGAGUGCCCUGCAUGAGAUUUACUCCUAUAUCACAAAAUACAGAGACGAGAUUUUAACUGCAUUGGAAAAAGAUGAACAAGCAAGGAGGCAGCGGCUACGAAGUAAACUGGAACAGGUCAUCGACACAAUGGCGCAGAGUAGUUGAAGUCCAUGUUCUCUGCUUUACUUGGUCCCCCAAUGGCUACCGAGGGAAUCUUACAGACUCACUACAAAUGCUCAUGGCUACGAACUUCAGAAACUUCCAUGAGAGAACGAACAAAUCCACGUGCGAGUGUGUGUAUAUAUAUAAAUAUAUAUACAUAUAAAGACUUUAGAAAACAUUUCAAAGAAUGACUUAGAAACCUUUAUAAAAUAAACACUUUUAAGGGACUCAAAUUUCAAUACAAAAUUAAAAUAGAGAUUUAAAACAAUGGGAGCUGCUUGAACGUUCCAGGGAAGAGACAGUACGCCUGGCCACGUGACAUCCACGGAUUAUGUGAUCGACUGGAAGUCGUUAACCACUGAGGAAAACGGAUUUCCUUUCAUCUUGUCUCCCCCUUAAAAAUCCCCGGGCUACUCUCAAACCCUAAACAACCUCUCUCUUUGGCUUUCAGCCACUAGUGUUAAUGCUACAUUUGCACAAUUUACUGAAAUUCUUGGGUUUUUUAAAGAAAUGAAAAAAAAAAA